GAGUCGCGGAAAGAGACAGCGAGGGAAUGUCGGUGCUUGUGUCCCCUCCGGCUGGUUGUUUAAAAAAAGGCAAAAUCUGUUGCCUAAUAUGAAGAAAAAUAGAGGUCGAACAGGUCGAAAAAGAAGAAGAAAACACUUGAAGAGUUUUAUGGAUGGAGUCAACUGCAGUCACAAGCUGGAAUACAUUAAACUUCAGAAAUGGCUAAAAGAGAGAGGAUUUGAAGGCACUAAUUUAAGGCCAGCAGAGUUCUGGGGGACAGGAAGAGGAUUGAUGGCAACAAAAGCUCUUCAGGCAGGAGAUCUGGUUAUUUCAUUGCCUGAGAAGUGUUUGCUCACCACGGGCACUGUCCUCAGCAGCUGCUUGGGAGGAUACAUUGUGAAAUGGAAGCCCCGUGUGUCUCCUUUGCUGGCACUGUGCACGUUUUUGAUAGCAGAGAAACACGCUGGGGAGAAAUCUCCAUGGAAGCCCUACCUGGAUGUUCUACCCAAAACUUACACUUGCCCUGCUUGUUUGGACCAUGAUGUAAUAAAUGUUCUCCCAAAACCCUUAAAAAAGAAGGCUCAGGAGCAAAAAAUGAUGAUCCAAGAGUUGUUCAGAUCUUCCAGAGCUUUCUUCUCUUCCCUGCAGCCUUUAUUUGCUGAGAACACAGGAACUAUUUUUAACUACAGCGCUUUGGAGUGGGCUUGGUGCACUAUAAAUACCAGGACAAUCUACAUGAAACAUCCACACAGGGAAUGUUUUUCCCUGGAGCCAGAUGUUUAUGCAUUGGCACCAUAUUUAGAUUUGCUAAACCACAGCCCAAAUGUUCAGGUCAAGGCUGCGUUUAAUGAGCAGACAAGGAGCUAUGAAAUUCGGACAAAUUCACAGUGCAAAAAAUAUCAGGAGGUUUUUAUCUGCUAUGGACCUCAUGAUAAUCAGAGGCUGCUGCUGGAAUAUGGAUUUGUUGCCAUGGAUAACCCUCACAGCAGCGUUUAUGUCUCAGCAGAAACUCUCCUCAAAUAUUUCUCACCACUGGACAAGCAGAGAAAGGCCAAAGUUGCCAUUCUAAAGGAUCAUGAUUUCCUAGAGAACCUGACCUUUGGAUGGGAUGGACCAUCCUGGAGACUCCUCACAGCCCUCAAGGUGUUGAGUCUGGGAGCAGAUGAAUUUGCCUGCUGGAGGAGGACCCUGCUUGGUGAUGUCACUUCAGCCAGGAAUGAACAGCAGGCUCUGGACACAGCAGCAAAAAUUUGUCGUUUUUUAAUAGAGGAGACCCAGCAUGUCCUUCUCCAGAUUUCCCAAUUGAAAAAGGACAAAGAGAACCUCAAAACCCACCUGGCUUUGGUGGAAAUGCUGCGCUCAGAAGACCUCAAGAUCCUUCAAAAAUCAGCUGAGAUUCUUUGCAACUUGAAUUUGGCAACAGCUUGAGCCCCCCUGGACUUGUGACAGCUGUAAUUGGUCUGGGAUUAUUGCCAGAUUAUUACUCUUUUAAUGGACCUGAGCAGCAAAGAAUAAUUUAAAAAUUCAUCAGAAUAAUUUUGUUCUUUGCUGACAUUCACACGAAAGGUUCUGCUGAAGUGAAGCGCUCGAGCUCCUUGUGUGGUUUGGAGAAAAGAGAAUUUUUAAAAGCAUUUCAGGGCAUAUUUAAGCUGCAGAAACUUCCUUUGUAGUUGUGGUUGUGUUGUGAUUAUUUUCCAUGAUGUGGUUUUAAAAAGUGCUUAUUUUUAUCAAUAUAUUACUUCAUUUUCUACAA